AUGCGUCCACAUCCAACCAUUCCCUCGAUAGCCCCACCUCCUCCUAGUGUACUGGCUGGACUCUCGGUACCAGACGAAGCGGAAGCCUUAUCAAGUAUGCUCAUGAGUUGGUACAUGAGCGGUUAUCAUACGGGAUAUUAUCAGUGGAAACGAAAGAUGACUGGCGACGAGGAGCACUGGAAGUUUGGGCACUAUCUCUGA